CACCACCAGCCUCAACCUCAAUCGGUCCCAAUCCCUCCACCCCCCCACACACACAAUGGCGUCCUCAAAGCCCUCCAAGAAGGAGUCUAAGAAGGCCGUAGCGGCCAAGCCAGCCAAGGUCUCGAAAUCUGCUGCGAAGGCGAAAGAGGCGGAGAAGAGCACGGAGCGCAUCGCUGAUAGCGAUAUUGACAUGGACGAUGUUUCCAGCGAGGAGGGGAGCGAUUCGAAUGGAGAGGCUGGAUCGGCAGCUGGGCCGGAUGAGGAUACGAGCAGCAGCGGCAGCAGCGAGAGUGAGGGUGGAAGUGGAAGUGGGAGUGAGAGUGAGAGUGAUGAGGAAUUACCUGAGAAAGUGACGGCACCUACAACCACCCUCCCAAAACGCAACAAAAACCCCUCCCCCGCCCCCCAACCCGCCGUCGCACAACACACCUCGACGCGCCGCACGCCCUUCGCGCCCCCCAAAGGCUACACCCCCCUCCCCAUCUCCUCAUCGACCAACAAACUCCUCACCCCCGCCGCGUUAGCCAACAAGCAAAUCUGGCACAUCACCGCCCCUGCCUCCCUCUCCCUCGCGAGCCUCAAGAACCUCACCCUCCCCGCCUCCAGCGGCGCGGACGAGGAUGAGGAGGACGCUCCGACGAUCUCGCUGCCGGGGGGUGAGUAUAGCGUUGCGCUUGCAGCGGCGACGGCGGAUACGACUCGUGUUCUGUUGCCGGGGAGGGGGGGGUAUAAGGCGUUAGAGGCGCCGGUGGGGAGGACGUUGCAUUUGCAGAGGGUUAAUGUUGUGGGGGGGGAGGUGUAUGUGGGGAGGAAGAGGGAGGCGAGGAAGCAGCCGGAGGGGUUGAGGAUGAGGUUCAGGCCGAUUGGGUUUGGCGAAGAAGGGGAGUGUGGGGAGAUUGGGGAGGUGGAGGGGGACGAGGUGGUGGGGGAGAGGCCGGUGUUUAAGAAGCAUAAGAAGAGUGGUGAGGGGGAGGUAGAGGAGGGGGAGAAGGAGAGGGAGAAGAAGGAGAGGAAGGAGAGGAAGGAGAGGAAGGAGAAGAAGGAGAAGGGGAAGGGGAAGGAGAAGAAGGUGAAGAAGUAGGGGGUGGGUGGUCUGUGGGACGCUUCUAUUGUUGAUAUAACUACCAAAACCCGGCGCAAAGGGCGUAUACAAAUUGGGGGUUAAAUGAAAGUUUUGUCUAUUUCCAUUGGUAUCUCUAUGGAUUGUGUGGGGUACUGCUUAUUUUCGAUGCAUUCUGAGAUCUGGGGGCAUAGAUGAGAGGGUGUAGGAUUGUAUUUUUUGGCCUGCGGUGUGGUACGGUGAAUCAGGCGGCAUUUAAGAUGUACAAGAGUGAUGGGGAGGUAGAUGAAAGCGAAUAGUUCGACAAAAAUAUCAACACACCGUACAGAUCGAUAGCGUGAACGAAUUAUCGACAGCGUGAUGCUGCAAAACACAGCCCUGACUUACCCCUUCCAUGUUUCUGCUGCUGUC